UGCGUGUGUUUAGCGAUUGCAGCUACAGUAGCUGCGGGACGAGACAGUGCACAGAAUCGACUCUCACUGUUUGAGACACCAUGACCCACUUCUUAAGUCACCGGACCUGCUAAGUAGGCAGUUAGUGAUAGCUCAGCUAAAGCUAGCUCAGCUCUGUCUUUUAUUGUCUCUUGUUUACCCGCCGGCUUUUACACACACAAGUGCCUGGAGAAAUGCAGAGAAUACGGUCUCUGAAAACUGUUUGGCAGCUGCUGAAACCAAGUUGUGAGGGAGCAGCAAAACAAGUAAACACCUCUUCUUCGACCUCACGGGAUUAUAGUCAUCUCCCUCCUCGGGGCCCCAGCUCCUUUGGGCUCCUCUUUGACAUUGACGGGGUGCUGGUGCGGGGCAGGACGCCCAUCCCUGCGGCCAAGCAGUGCUUCAGGAACCUGGUGGACCGCCAUGGGAAAUACAAGGUGCCCGUGGUGUUUGUCACCAACGCUGGGAACUGCAUGAGGCAGACCAAGGCUGAGCAUCUGUCGCAUCUGCUUGAGGUGGAGGUCUCUCCAGACCAGGUAAUGCUGUCCCACAGUCCUCUGCGAAUGUUUACCCAGUUCCACAAAAUGCGUGUGCUGGUGUUGGGCCAGGGUCCUGUGGAGGAGGUCGCUCACAACUUGGGCUUUCAGGAUGUUGUUACAGUAGAUAUGCUCAGAGAGGCAUAUCCUCUUCUAGAUGUGGUCGAUCACAACAGAAGGCCCAAAGACAGUAUCCCGCCAUCCAAAGGCUUACAGCCAAUAGAUGCUGUCAUCUUAUUUGGUGAGCCGAUCAGAUGGGAGACCAACCUCCAGCUUAUCGUUGACGUGCUCCUGACAAACGGGAACCCAGACAAUUCCUGGAGUUCAAUGCAGUACCCUCACAUCCCGGUCAUGGCCUGUAACAUGGACCUGCUGUGGAUGGCCGAGGCCAAGAAUCCCAGGUUUGGACACGGUAUGUUCCUUGUGUGCUUAGAGAGCCUUUACAAGAAGAUCACAGGGAAUGAGCUGAAGUACGAGGCUCUGAUUGGUAAACCCAGUGUGGUGACUUACAACUACGCUGAGCUACUGAUUAGACAGCAGGCUGAGAGACUUGGCUGGACCACACCUGUGAAGAGGCUGUAUGCUAUAGGUGAUAACCCCAUGGCCGACAUAUACGGCGCCAACCUCUACAACCGCUACCUCCAGGCUUCUCGGCAUACUAAGGCCCAGAUGCAGGCCAAGAGUGGCGGAGGAGGUGCAGAUCCCUUGGCAGAAACUGUUGAUGAUGCCUGUAAGAUGACAUCAACAGAACUAAGCGGAGCGUCAACUGGAUACGGGGCAGAGCAGGACCUCCCCACGGGGUGCAGCUCCAUCCUGGUGUGCACAGGAGUGUACAGCAGGGACCAGCAGGACCUGCCCUCAGACCCAGCGCACACUGUCACUGAGCAGCGCAUCUUCCACGGUCACAGGGACUUCCGCUUUGACCCCAGCCUCACGCAGCCGUCCUUCGUGGUGCAGGAUGUAAAGGAGGCGGUGGAGCUGGUGUUUCAGCAGGAAGGCUGGCCUCUGGAGUAGGUUCUCACAGCCGUCCAGCAAACAACUCUAACAGCCCUUAACUGCUAGUAGAAGAUAUAUGGGUGUUUUUUUUUUUUUUUAAGUACCUGAUGUAGCUUUUACUGUAGCUAGUUGUUCGAGAUUUAAGUGCCAUACGAUCCACUGCAAAAAGCAAAAGGAAGUUUUACACUUAACAUCGCAAAGUUACACCAUUUUCAAGCAGGAACAACACACUCACAUUGCUGUUGCUAAUGGCCCUGCUUACUGUUUAUACAUAGUCAGGAACUCAAGCUCAGAAAGGGGGUCAAAUGUCUUCUCCUGCCUUUGCAUUGUCUUUUUUUAAGAGUGCAGGACUAGGUGUUGAGUCACGUGCAUUUUUUUUUUACUACACUCAGACUUUUCUAAAGUAUGUGCAAGGUCAUGGAUGAGAAUUCACAUUUAAUAACACUUUAAGAUGGUCAAUGGUCAGAUUGAUCCAGGAAGAGCUUUAUGAAAACACAUCUGCUGGUUCAUCUAUGACACAACCAACAACAUAAUGUGCAGAUAAAGAUAAAGGGUUUUAUUCUUUGCACCACACUCUACCUAACUGGGUAAUCUUGCCUUUCCAAAAUAUAAUGUAUAGCAGCGGGUCUUAACUAGACCAGUCGCACUGUUGGUUUUUACUGUCGUUUUUCAGCUUGAUUCGUUCUUAAGGUAGGGUGAAUGCGUAACCACUAAUGCUGAUGAGAUUAAGUUGCCAGGUGUCAGUACCUCAUUAGUUUGGAUUUUAGCCUCAAUUAAGAAUAUGCUAUUUUAUUUUGUGAAAUGUUCAGUUUUACGCACAGUUUCCACAGAAAAAAAGAGGGUUAGGGUAGAGUGGUAACAGUAAUUACGUAUUAUGAAUGGUUCAUGUGAAUGUUUGUAUCAGAAGAGUUUUAUGAGAGAAAAAUUGAAAUGAUGGUUGCAACACCAGGGAGAGCAUCAUGAAACGCAGGUUUGUUCUAUUUGUAACUGACGUGAAGAGCAAUAACUGAUUUGAAAGUGUCUUAAAUUGCAGGUUAAACUGUGUAACUCUGGUGAUGUACGGUAAAAGCCAUACUGUAUGAAAGAACGAUUAUAAAGAA